AUGGUUAAACAAAAGAAAGUGGACUUGAAUGAGCCAAUUGAUGAGAAGGCCAAGCCUACAUUGAGCAAAAGUGAAUUGAAGCCGGAAUUAUCUGAGGCAGCCUUAACUUUGCAUGGGGAUUAUUAUAGACAACUUCAAAGUAAGUGUAAUAGGUAUAUAUUUUGGCAUACAAGAUCAAUUGGUUUGAUGAUGGUGAUACUUGUGUGUUAUUUAAGUUACUUGAUGUAUGAUUAUGUGAUAAUAUCAGAUUCCAUAAGAGAAUUUACCAAGUUGGUUUUGAAUAAUAAGUUUGAUUUCAUAAAUAUAUUUCCAUGUCUCAUUUUGACAUUUUCAUGUAUUGGGACCGCAGGUUAUUUCAUAUCGGAUGAAUUCAGAGGUAUUAGUGAUGAUUUACUCAAGCCAAAUUAUAUCGAAGAGAUAUUUGGAUUUGAUUUAAAGAAGUAUUCUAAGCUUACAAAUGCAAAGACUCCUAAGGAGACUAAAUUCAAGUUAACUAACUCAAAAAACUCUCAAUUGAUCAUAUAUAGGGAUUCACCAAUUGCGGUUGUUACUUUGAAACCAUUGAUUGAAAACUCUACUGAAUCCAAUUUUUUCAUUAAGAUUACUGGAUUAAAUGUUCGAAAAGUUUUCCAAAAAGUUGAUUUUGAUACUUUAUUAAUUGAAACUGCUAUAUUGAGAAGUCGGGAAUUGUUUCAAGAAUAUGUCGACGGCAAGAAAAUUAAAGAUGUUGACGGAUGUAAAAUAAACAUUUUAAUUGAUGCUUAUUCAUUUGAUACUGAUUUAAUCAAGACUUUAACAAAAAAUUCAUUCGGUUUAAUUAAAAAAGAUUAUAAUUUAAAUUUUUUCCAAGCAAAUAAUGAUGAUAAGUUAUUGAAAUUGGUUUCUUAUAAAUCAGUUCAUCAAUUUUUUGAAAUUUCUAAAAAUACCUACGGUCUUACUUUAUUAGCUAAAAAUGAAGAUCAAGAUUUAAUUUUGAAGACUUCUAAAAAUUAUUUAAAUAAUGAUGAUCAGUCAACUAAAAAGAGAAGAUAA